AUGUCAACAUUGACAGUUCUCGCAGUCCGUACAUCUAUUUUUUCCUCGUAACAUCGGAUAUCAAAAUAAAGCAUUCAAAAUGCCUAUGCAAAUGCCAUCAAAUUGGGACGAGCUGUUCGAUGGUGAAGCGACUCGACCCAAAACAUUUCUCCAUGAUAUCUAUUUACCGGCCAUGGGCGCUGCUAUUGGCUUUGGUAUGAUGUGUUUCGCCAAUUUCGGAACUAGACGUCCACUAUUAUCAGGCAUCCAGAAACACUUUCUCACCGCUGGAGUGUUCGCUCUUGGUACGAGAACCAUAGAUGUUUGGAGAAGGGACUACUAUGCCGAAAGAGAUGCAAGCUACCGCCACUACAUUUCAUUGCAUCCGGAGGACUUUCCAAUGCCGGAGCGCAAGAAGUUUGCCGAAGUACUCGAAGAAUGGGUACCGGUUCGAUAAAAUGGGGGUGCCUCAUUUCCAUCUAGUGUUUUCUUAAAAAUAUUUGCAAUUAACAUGAACCUGUAGUUGAGUGUAAAUAAAUUGCGGAUCAGUUCAACUACCAA